UUAAAUAGAAGAGACCUUUCUAGGGUUUUCUGAUUCGCGCUAAUCCUCGCGCCGACGUCUCUUCACCUUUCUCUUUUCUCUCUACGAUCUCUGACUCAAGAUCCCGAAUUUGACCUCAUCUGUAUUCGAAUUCUUCGAUUCCCCAAGUAUUCUGUUAAAAUCAAAAUCUGUAGAUCUAGCGAAUCGUAUUGGUCGCCUAUUUCUAUACCUGAGAAUCUGAUAAACGCGAAUCGAUUGACUUUUUUUUAAAAAAAAAAAUUCAGAUUUUUGUGUGACUGGUUUGUUCUUUGAGAUAUUUGAUUUUAUAAUAUGAAGAGAUCGAAGAAAUCCAGGGUUUCAUGGCCACCGGGUCCUUUGCUUUGUCAGGUUAAGAUUUUUAGAACAGAAGACUGUCCGGCCAAAGUUGCUUCUCAGCCUCAACGUCAUAACUUCACCAAGAUAUCAUCUGGGAAACCUCGAGCGCCAGAUCUUCCACCUGGUUUUGAAGGAAGUCACUAUGCAGAUAAGCUGAAUGUCUCAAACAUUCCAAGGAUCAAAUGGAAACGACCUCCUAAGUUUCUCGUCAAUGAUGCUUUGCUAAUUGGAGAUGGUGUUGAGAGCACAGAAAGGCGAACUGAAAACUUGAGAAUCACAAAAGUGUUGGAAGCGAUCUACCCGCAUCGCUCUACCAUCCCUUCUCGACCAUCUGUUUCACCGGCUGUAGAAGCGGAAAGCUUUGAUGACAGCAAAACUCCUGUUAUUCGUCUCACUCCAAUUGAGGACGAGUGGGAACCUGCAGAGGAAUCAACCCACAGUGUGCUUGAAUCCAACAAGCAAGGUCAGUUGGAGACUAAACCUCCCUCUUCACCCCAAGAACCGGUUUCUGUUUCUGGUCUUGCACCAGACUUGAGUCUGGCUGCUUCUGCAGCUCUGGCUGCACUGAUGAAAACCAAGGAACAGGGGAGUAUGGUUGAUCCUGAGCUACUUAUCAAACUCCUCACCGACCCGAAAAUGAUCAAGAACCUGAUCACCGACACGACAGGUAAAUUGUCUGAAACUGAGAAUCAGCCUGUUGACACUGGUAUCGACCCUACUAGACUUGUUCCUCAGCAUUUCACCGCCUCAACCAUGGCUAGAAAGCCACAGCCACCAGUAAUAAUACCUCAAAAACAGAGUCUUGCAGCUUCUCAGCCUUUAACGAACCCUGACCGGAGACGAGUGUCUCCACCCAAGCCUGGAAAUGGAAACAUAACCCAACUAAAUCCUCCCCGUAGUAUACCAAUGCCCGUUCAGUUCUCUGUUGGCAUAGCUACAGAACCAUCUCUGCCAGCUCGGCUACCAUCGAGUUCACUGCCAAUAAGCCUUAACCUCCAGAGACCUCAACAUGCUUUCUCAGAACCAAAGGUAAUAGUAAAGCCUCAGCCUCAGCCCCAACCCCAACACACUUCUGCAUUCCGCACAUCUGAAAUGAACAAUGUUCAAGCAUCAGUUGGAUUUGGGAGGUAUCCUCAAACCGGUUUUGAUACGUAUCCAAUGAACUUAAAUGGGGUUGAUGCUAAUGGUAGGCUUAAACCGAUAGUGCAACCCUUGAAGGGUCUAGACUAUUUCAAGAACCUUAUAAGGGAACAUGGCACAGUGAAUCAUGAAAAUACUCAAUACCAUUCACAAACUGGGAAAUUCAACGGAAGGUUUGAUCAAAUUAAGGUUCAGAAACAGUGCAUCUACUAUGGCACUGCGAGAGGAUGUAAGCUGGGUGAUAGUUGCGUCUAUGUUCAUGACCGAGUGAGACCCAGUUUUGAGGCCGAGGCUCCAAGGGCUAAGAGAUUAAAGUUUGGUAGGUAUGAGAAAAAUGGCUUUUGAACAUAUAAUCCUGACGCUGAUUCAUUUCCAAACCACAUAUUAGAAUCUGUCCAUCACUGGUUGAGUAAAAAAAACAGAACCCGAGGUGAAACCACUUUCAGUUUUGAUUAAUUUUUGUGCUCAAGAUUUUUAAAUAAUUUAGCAAACUAGUUCUGUUUAAGAGCACCAUAAAAU